AUGCCACCCUCGACUACCCGACACAUCAUCCGCACCCGUGACGCUGCGCUGAGUGACACCCUCUGCGAAUACAUCCGGGGGUACAAUACCACCCCCACCACCCACACUCCCCCGGCACUACGAACCCACCGUGCCAGGAGGGCUUAUGAACUGGCGGUGUCUCUUUUUCUGGAUGAAAGCGACGGGGACCGAGUCCUGUCCGACGCUCGUCGAACCGACUUUGACGGCGAGUUGAUUGCGCGCCUAGACGCCGCCUCGGACGAUUCGAUGCGGUGGGCGUUUAGUGACGAGCAACGAGAUCGAUGUCGUCUGUUGAAGGAUGUCGUCACGGGCUCGACCGAACAGUGCGCCUUGAUUUGGAUCCACCACCUGGAAAGGUUGAACGUGGUGGAUGCCAGGAUUCAGGAGAUGGUAAUCAUGAAUGCAGAUAUCGAAAAUGACUCCAUGAGGAGAAGGAUUGGUUUUAUCCUUCGACGAAGUGACGACGAGGAAGAGGAGAUCGACCAAGAAGAAAACCGAGACGGUCCCGGGGAGAUGGCAGGCGAUGAGAACAACCACAACUACAAUAGUACUGUUGAUCACGAUCACGAUCACGAGGGUGACAACGAUUUCAACAACCACAUCGAUACCAUCAUGGAUGACGACGACUGUAUCCUGUUUGGCAAGUACAUUGGCGAAGAGGGGGCAGAGAAGCGAUGGGUCUGUCUCCUCUGCGACCACCAUCCUGGAACGGCGUACAAGGGGUCGUUUGUGAGACAUUUGGCCAGAAAACAUGGCGUCAUUAAUGUCAGAAAGUCGUUGAGACAUUUGCCCCACAAAGCUAUGGCAUGAUAUGAGAGAAGAUGGAUCUCAUCGUGAAUGAAAAAAAGACCCGAGACGUUACGGGUAUUAUCAUUUGAGAACAAGAGUCGCGCAGCUGAUGGAACGGAAAAAGGACAACAAAAAGAGAAUCACUACACACGAAUCCUCCCAUCCAUGUAUGGUUGGUUAUCUUUCUUUUUUUGGGAUUGCGCCAUGUCAUCAGGUACUACAAUCCCGCCUCCCCCCAAAGAACAUAGAUGUCCGAUACUACUUUGGUGUGGUACCUACCUUAUACUUGUGUUAACGGCGAC